AUGAAUUCUAAAGAAGGAGAAUUUUCAAGGUCCCUUUUCAGUUUGUUUAACUAGAGCGUUAAUUAGGGAGAUUAAUCCCAUUUAGAUUUCUCUGCGUUUGAAAAUUAAUAAUCAAUAAUAAGUAGAAAAGCUAAAUUUAUCUUGAACUAGUCUAGUGAUAAGAGAUAUUCAAGCUAGGAAUAAAUUGAUAAUGUUGCUAAGAUUAGAGAGAAUUACCCCUUGGAAAGUCUAAAGGCAAUAGAUGAUUUUAUCACUAACAGCAAUGGGAUUAGGAGGAAAGUACAUCUAGGAGAAUUAAAAGUUUAAAAAAGAAGAUCUCCAAAGGCUAUAAAAUUAGGCUAUUCUUACUUAAAUAAGAGUAAAUUAGAGGAGUCUAUGAGAAUUAGUGAAUUGCAGACAAACUCUAUCAUGAACGCAACAAGCAAAGUCACAGAAAAUUCAAUAAUUUCAAAUAAAUCUUCCAAAUAUGCUGAGCUAUUUCCAAAUGUACAAAAAAAAAAUCAAUCUGAAGAAGACUAGAUUAUUGAGAGAUCGAGGAAUAAUUCUUUGAAUAUUAAAUAAAAUGAAUAAAGAAACAGCUUUAACAGCACUAAAAGCAGAAUUUCACUUCAUUAUACUCCGAUUUCAAAUAAUUUAUUUAUGAAUUAAAAUAGAAUGAGCAAAAUUUCAAAUUUAAGUCUGUAUUUAAAGGAUUUAUCAAAUAAAAAUGCUCUUAAAACAAAUGAAAGCUAUGAUAUAACAUUCUCAUAGAUGUUGAACAAAAGUUAAAAAGACUUUUCUAUUUUAAAAGACCAUCAUGAGAUAUCUUAGCCAGUCAUUCCAGUUUAAAAUAAUGCAAAUUUUUUUGGCAUUUAGAAUAAACAAAAUUAGAAUUCAAUUUAGAAAAAAUCCAUCUUGAACUUUCUUAAAAAUAAAAAGGAAGCAAAUACAUCGAUUAACAAUGACACUAUAUGUAAUUAAUCACAAGCAUCAUUCUACAGUAAAAAGAAUAAAGUUUUAGAUUUAAGCACAUUAAAUUUAUUCUAAAAAAUUAAAUCUUCUAAAAAUGAACCAUAGUACUAAAUUAAAGACUAUGUUUUUUCAUUUGAAAGGUAGCUCGAUAAUUCCCAAUUUAAUGAUGAACAUAAUGAAAAUAUGAGAGACUAAUACUUUAAACUUAAAAUUAAAAAUAUUAACAAUUUUAAUCAAGAACCUCUCUCUAAGUAUGAUAUAUUUUAGUCUGAUGAACAUUACUUAGAAGAUAAGCUAGAAAAAGGAUUUUUGGUCAAUGGAUUUUCUAAGUGGGUUUAACAAGAUGGUUCAAUUAUUUGGAAACCUUGUUUAAUUACUAAAUAUAAUAAGGAAUCUGGAUUAUUUAAGAUAUAAUGGGUUGAUAAUGCUUUGCAAACAAAAGAAGUACGCAGGCUAAAUCUUCUGAUUGAUACUGAAAAUUUGCAAAGCUACAAUUAAAGAGUAGUUGAUGCCUGUAAAAUUAGAUAGUAAAAAUUAUAGUCAGAAUCAAUAAAAGAUAUAUUAUAGGAAGAUUCAUAAUUCGCAAACAUUCUCAUUUCUAAAAAGCUUUUUUACAGCAUAUUAAAUAAGAGUUUAAUUGGGUUUAGUGAAGCUGUUUAGAACGAAUACAAAGAUUAUAUCAAAUAAUUAAUUAUAAAUGAGUAUAAAUUCUCAGUUCAAAGCUUCAUUUAUUAUUUAGGAGAGGUUGAAACUAUUGAUGAAUUUUAUGAGAAGCAGUUUUCUGGUUUUUAUGCUAAAUUUAGCAGAAUGAGAGAGAAACAAGAUUUGGCGAUCAUUGAGGAACACGUUACAGUUAAAAAAGAUCAAACAAAGGAUGAAGAAAAAACAGAAGAUUUUAAAUUAAACUAUUUUCAAUAUAACCAAAAGAAAUUCAUGAAGCAAGUCGAUAAGAUAGAAAUGGCUAUAUAUAAUGCUGAGAAGAAUAUCGAUAAAUGCUAAACUUUCUUAAAGGAGAAAAGCAAGCAUAUUAUUUAUGUGGUAAAAACAUCAAAGGAGUUGCCAAAUUUUGAUUUGCUAAUCAAAGAGUUUACUUAGAAACAAACUAUUAUUUAUAAUAUGGCUUUAAGAGGUGCACUUAAGCUUUGUUUCACUCAAUCAUUAUUGAAAAGUUUGGAAUUCAUUGAGAAUUAUUAUUCAAUACUUCCUCUUAAUAAUAUUUCUUUAGAAUUUUAACUAUUAUUACCACUCUCCAUCCUUUAAAAGAGGAGCAAGGCCUAAAUUGAGUUGAAUUUGAAAGAAAAUACUCAAAAUUAUAAUUAGAUAGACAAUCAUUCACAAAAAUAGUAUGAAGACGAAGAAGAAAGCACACUUCCAUUUAAAUUUGAUAUGAAAAUGAUAUUUUUAACCUAUAAAAACAUAACAAGUAAGUGCCUUGAUGAGUAUUUGGGAGGAAACAUAGAUUUCCAAAUUAACAAAAAAAGUAUUGUUAAAUCCUUUAUUAAGCUUAAAUUUUCUUUUCUGUAAAAAAGCAGAAAAAAUCCACCAAUUAAAGAUAUAAUUUCUUAUAUCCUGAAGAAUAGAAAUAAAGUUUACUCUCAAAAAUAGCUUAGUCAAUCCAUUCAUAAAAUAGAUGGAAUUGAUGAUAAAAAUGUGUAUGACAUGAAUGACGAAAUUUAAGAAGAGACUAUAAGAUAAAGAAGCUCAAAUGUUAGUCAAUCAGGAAGCAGCUCCUAAAGCAAUAACAAUCCCUAUAAGCAAAUCAUAUUAAGAAACAUUAAUAAGGAUGAAACAGAAAGUCCUUUAUCUACUCCUAGAUCACCACAUCAUAGCUUUUUCACUUAGCCUGUCUUGCAAUAAAAGAAACAAAAAUAAAAGGAUACUAAAAUUAAUUUUAAAGACAUGUCAAAAAUUAAAAGCCUCAAAAAAAUGCAAAACAAAUAAACUCUGUAAAACCAAUCUUAAUUCGAAUUUGAAAUGAAUUAUGUCAUGUAUGAUAUCCUAAGACUCAAUCUCUCAGAAUGCAAAAAUUACGAAACAUUUCUUUAGAAGAGCAAAAAUAGAGAAGUAACUUAUAAAAGACUUGGAUGGUUCUCAACUGAAGACAUGAGAAUUUAAAUCGAGCCUAAAUUACAACAUAUUGAGGAGCAACUUUAUGAAAGCUUUUAAGUUCCUAUUGAUAAGGUUUUGAAUUUAGAGGAAAUCUAUGGGUGCUUAACAAGAAAAAACUUUUAAGAUUUGAAAAAAGAGCUAGAAUAGGAAUAUAAAAAUUUUGAUAAAGAGUUUUAAGUUUUUUUAAGGUGGAAUAUUUACCCAGUUUACUCUCUUCUUAUAUUGAUAAAUUAGUUUGAUUUUUAUCUGUUUGAAAAAGACUAUCUUCAAGAGCUUAUUGUUAUAUUUUAAAACAGUAAUCAAAUCAAAUUUUUGGGAGAAGAAAGAUAAAAUAUUUUAAAGGAUAAGAUUUUUAUUUCAAAUAAAAUACCUGAUGAAAUCUAGCUUGGAAUUUUUACUGUAGAUUUAAAAGAGAUAAAGUAAUUGUUGAUAAAAAAGAUGAAUUUCUACAUACAAACAAUAGACAAAGCUUUGAAUAUUAAAUUCGAAAAUCUUUUGAGCAAAUUGCAUGAUGAAAAAGAUUUAAUUUUAAAAUAACUCAGAAUAGAUCCUUAUAGUGUGGAAAAGUAUAUUUCCCUUAUGAAUAACUUGCUUGAUAAGAAUUUGAAAGAGUAGUUUAAGGAGUGUCAAUAUAAGGCAAGGUAAGCUUAAAUAGCUUUUUAAGUAAUUGAAGAUAAUUAUAUUGAAUAUGAUAUUGAGCAUUUUAAAAGUCUUUUAGAAUCAUAAGAAUGGAUUAACAUUCUUAUUUAAGAGUAGAAAGUGGCUUAACAAAAAUUAGAAAAAAAUAGAAACAUUUUCCACAAAGAUUUCGAAACAAGGAAGCAAGAGUUGUUUGAGGAAUUUAAGGAAAUUUAUCAAAAGUAAAAAGUAGUCAUUCAAUCUCUAGAGCUUUCAAAGUAUGAGCAAAACUUAAAGAACUGCAAAAUUAUUGAAGACUCAUACAAGGUAAUACUAAUGAAAGGAAUGUAGAUAAAUGAAUAAGAAACUUAGCUUGGAUAUGAGCUGAGUGACUUUACUGAAUUCGAAAGAACUUUUAAUGAGUUUAGCAGGUAUGUAUAAUUUUGGGAAUUCACUGAAAAGUGGUUUAGACUUAGUGAUAAUUGGAAUUCUUUGAUUUUUGAAGAGGUGUUUUAAAAUGAAAUGAGCUAAGAAAUCAAAUACGAAAUAAUUAAUACUUGCAGAGAAGGGAGUUCUUUACUCUAAAAGCUAAGACAAUUUUACAUUCAAGAAAUUGCAACUCCAAAAAGUAAUGCUAAAUAAAGUGGAAACAAAUUUGAAUUUGGAGACACUGAUUUUCUUCAGCUAAUUUCUCAGGUCGAGGAAUCAAUUAAGAAAUUCGAAGAGUAUGUUCCAGUGACUGUAAUUUUAAUUGAUAAGUUGUUUACUUAGGAAUACCAAGAUUUGUUCUUAAAGCACUUAAAUUUAAAAAUAAAAUACGAAAAGCUUACAAUAAACAAGCUGAGAGAAUUAAAUGUAAAGGAGCACAUUUAGUUUAUUUACUAGCUUUUUAACUAGGCCAAACAUGAAAAUUAAAUAAAGGAAGAUAUUCUUAAAAUUUAAAAUAUCAUCAUAAAAGAAAUCAUCCCAAUUUGUGGUGUUAGCAAGAUUCCAGAUUUCCCAACUAACUAUAUUUAGAAUGGCAAGAAUAUAAUUAAAAAACUUAAUGACAUAUAAUUUAGCUGCAAUAAAAUAAUCAAAGAUACCCAUUUAGUAGCUUCCAAAAUUGAUUUUUCCUAUCUUUUUGUUAAAAACAUAGAGACCCUCAUUCAAUCAUUCAUAGAAUUACUUUAAACUCAAGAAAUUAUGGUAAAAGUUUGCUCAUUUUUUGGUUCUUCCUUUGACUUCAUUUGCCCCUCUUCAUUAAACAUAUGCAAACAAUACGAAACAUUCAAAGAAGAUUACAAAAAUAAAUUAUAGAAUGUAAAGAUGCACUUCCAAAGAGUAACUGCAGAUGAUGAACAUGAGCUGGUAAUUUCAUAACAAAAGCUAGAAUAAAUAAUACAACUCAAAGAGCUAGGAAACAAUCUCCUUUUGUUUCAGAAUCAGUUUAUCAGCUAAGUCAGAACUAAAAGCCCUAAAUUUUAUAUGCUCUCAGACAACUAAAUUAUUCAAAUUUUACAAUCCACUCAUAACACAGAAUUAAUUCAAUAUAUAGUUAAACAUUGCUUUCAUGGUAUUAAGCAGAUAGAGAUUGAAGAUUUCGAUAAUAGAUUAAUAGUUAACUAAUACAAGAAUUUCAAUGAUGAAGAUUUCCAUCCAAGCGAUUAUAUAUAAAUACCUAAAUAUAAUAGACCAAGUAAUUAAAAGUGUGACCAAUAAAUUAUAAACCAGAUGAAUGAGUAAAAACUUAAUCCUGUUAUGAAAUUAUUGAUUAUGCUUGAGGAAUUCUCAACAACAACAGUCCAAAAGAAUAUUUACUAAAAUAUGUAGGCUGUUUUUAAUUUGAAUUAUGAUUUUGUAGGAUUGAUUAAGCUUUAUUUAAAAAAAUAAAUAACUUAUUAAUCUAUCCAGCUAUUGUUAGAUUUGUGCUUUUACCAUGAUCUUACUGUUAUAAUAUCACUAGUUUAAGAUUCAUCUGGUUAAAAAGAAUAGCAAAAUUAAUCAAAUACUUUGAAAAGUUAGUUUAUACUUUAGCAAUCUUAAUCAUAAUAACCAAUAGACUAUUUAGACGUGAUGAAAUCUCAUAUCAAAUAAAAUUUAUAAAUCUUUAUUGAUUUCAUAAAAGAGAGAAAAGAAAUGAGCCAAUACAUCCCAAAAAAUCUUAGAAUCAUUUAACAGAAAAUUAUUUUGCAGGUUCUAAAUCAGAUAGAAAUACUAUACUAGAUGAAGAAAUAAAAAAUAACCUCCUUAAACUGCUUCGAAUACCUUGCUCAUCCAAAAAUUUCUUUGGAAUGCAGUCUUUCUAUGGAAGAUUAGAUGCUUAAUAUUGAAAAUAGGCAUGAUAAAUUUAAAAUAAAGCAAAUAAAACAAGUAACAAAGGAAGGAAUUGUUUUAGAUCAAAGUGAUAUAAGUAAGAAAUAAAAUUAUAAAUUUCCUAAAAUAAGCCAGAAAUCAGAUUUUUUAGAUGCGAUUAUCAACAAUAAUAAAACAAAUAAAAAAAUUAGCAUAAUUUUGUUAGCUAUGAACUAUAAGAUAGAAUAUUGCUAUUAACUCUAAAGAAAUGAUUAGCUUUUCAUCUAAACAUUAACUUCUCAAAAGAUAGUCUUUGCCUCUCUCUAAGCUAUUUACACUCUUUAUUCCCCUCUCAUUCGCUCUCAACCAAGCUCUGGAAAAGAAACACUCAUUAAAUAGUUUGCGAAUAAAAUUGGUAAACAAAUGUACAAUUUUUAAAUUGAGUAAGACUAUCCUAUAAAGUAAAUUUAUAAUAUAAUUGCAGGGGCUGUUUAAGGAGGAUUUCUUCUUUGCUUCUGUAAUAUUGAUUUAACUCCUUUGAAUUAGUUGUCAAUCAUUUCUUCUUUAGUGUUUCUUGUCAGGAAGGCCUUAAUUGAAAGAUAAAAUACUAUAAAUUUUGAAAAUGGAAUAGAAAUAACCCAUAUGAAUUAGCUACCAAUAAUCAGUAGCUUUAACAUUUCAAACGAUGAAAAAGGAAUUAAAUUUAAUGAAAUCCCUAACUCAGUUCUCGAGUCUUUUAGGAUAGUGAAUUUCGUUCAGUAAGAUAUUAUAGUAAUUAUCAAAGACUACUUUUAUUUGAUGAAUUUCAACAAACCUUAAGAAUUAGCAGUUAAAUUUAAUUACUUCAUGAUCACUUUUUGUGAGUCUUUCUUUACUAAUUUUUAGACAGACUUUAAAUCAAGCAACAUGCUUGACUAAAAUAUUGUGAAAAUGAUAAAUUACAAUAGUUACAUUAAAAUUUGCUAAAAGGCUCUCGAUAUCAUAGAUUAAAGAGAUAGUUGUGAUGAAGAAAAUCUAACUCCAAUUGAUGCUUUGAAAGCUUCGCUUGAUAUAUUUUUUGGAGGGAUACUAUCUUUGUAGAUGUUUGAAAUUUAUCAAGAGUUGUUUCCUAGAUUCUUUACUGAGAAGAGUUCUUUGUUAGUUGUUGACAUUGUUGAAGAUAAAGAUAUUAUAGAUCCAAUAAAAGAAUACUUUUUAUCGAAACAAAUGGAUUUGCAUGAAAGUUUUAUAUCUAUAGCAACUAAUUUUAUACAUCUCAUUAAUUAAAAAAAUAACAUUAUCAUUGGAGGAAAAUGUGGAAGUGGUAAAACUAAAUUCUUGUAGAUAGUUUCAUUUGUUUAACAAAGAAUAAUUCAAGAAGAGUUCUCAGUGAAUAUGAUUCCAAUCGAUAACUUAAGCAAAUAAUAAUUUGAAUUAAUAAUUAAGAAUAUUUGCUAUUCCAGUAUGAUUAAUUAAAAGUAUAUAUUGGAUGAACUUCGUGAUUUUGCAUUCACUAGAGAAGAAUUCAAUUCAUGGGUUUCAAAUACACUUAAUCACUCUAACAAUGAAAAGGCAAAACAAAAAUGCUUACCAACUUCUAAGGAUUGGAUCGUUUUUGAUUGUGGAAGUUUUACCUAAACAGAUCUACAAAUAGCUUAUUUAGAACCGCUCUUAAAAAGUAUUGAGUCUAAAAUAUUUAGCUUUAUAGAAGGAGAAAAGUAUAAUUUAUCAAAUGAAAUGUAGUGCAUAGUUGAAAUAGAUGAUUUAAGCAGAAUUUCUCCAAGAUUUUUAAGCACUUUUAGUUUAAUUUACUUGUAUGAGCCAAUUACUCCUUGUAAAGAUGAGUUUUAGACAUGGUUAAAAAACUUAGUCGCUAUUCAACCUAAAUUCAAUGCUUACUAAAAAUAUUUAAAUCUAUGCUAUUCAAAUAUAUUUGAGGAUGUUCUUGGAAUGCUUACUGUCCAAAAUGGAGUUUCUGUUGUUGGAAUACCAAAUAUAAACAAAUAUUUUAUAUUUUCUUUCUUGAGUUUAGUAGAGUCUUUACUUAAUGAAACUAGAAAAAGAGAAAUAGCUCUUGGAUUGUUUGAUAACUCUGAAUUAACUAAGUAUGAGCUUUGCAACAUUUAAGAUCCUGAAGAGUUAAGAAGACUCUCAAAUUCUCAUUCAGAAGUGGAAAAUUACGAGUGCAUAAUAGAACCUAACAAUAUUAUCAAUGAUGAAAGGAAAAAAAUGUAAGUUGAAGCUAUAUUUAUAUUAAGCAUUUGCUUGACACUUGAAAGUAUUAUUUAAGAGGACAGAAAAUAAUUGAUUAGUGAGAAAAUAAUCAAGUCUAUUAAAAAUUAUAGAAAAUUACAGCAAUUUAAAAUAUAUAAAAGAGACAGAUUCGCUUUUGGGUUAGUGGAAACAGCAGAAAUAAAAAACUAUUAAACUACCUUGUUUGAUUAUUACUUUGAUUUAAUUAAUUUGAAAUGGGUUAAAUGGUAACAAGCUAAACCUACCUUUUACAGUUAAGUUCUACAAAAUUCAUUUAAAUCAAAUAUAAUUCACCCAAGGGAAAUAUGUAGACUCAAUCCUGAAGCAUAGAAUAUGGAAUAAUUAAAAAUCUACAUACAAAAUGAGUUAGAGUCUACAUUAAGUUAACCAUUUAACAACAAAUUCUUAGAACUUUAAUGCUAAAAAAAAAAUUUGUUUACUAUUUUAACUCUUUUAAAUUACAACCAAAAAAUUUUACUUGCAUCUUCUUCAUACAAAGGAAAGACAACAAUUUUAAAUAAAUUGUAUGAGGAUUCUAUUAGAAGGAGUGAUAACAAUAUUAUUAAAAUAAGUGUAAAUGAGAAUCUAUCUGUUUAAAAAUUCUAGUACUCUAUUGAAAAGAAAAUCCCCUUUAAAUAUUAAAAUAACUAGAGCGAUUAUCCACCAUAAAAUAUUAUUUUUAUUGAUGAUCUUAAUUUAUCAGAAAAAUAUCCAAAUAUUUUAAACCCUAUUAGUAGUCUAAAAUGUCUACUCGACAGCUAAGGUUGGUACAGCUAAGAAAUAAAUAAAUUUGUUACUUUCUAAUCACACUCUAUAAUUUCCUCCUAUCAUUUUCCUAAAUCAUUUGAAAAUACAAUCACUCAAAAACCCUCUUAUAUUAUGUAGAAAUGCUAUUUUCUCUAGUUAGAAGACUUCUCAUUAUAAGAUAUUCAAACUAUUGCAAAUGUUAAGGUGAAAAAUAUAAUGUAAAAUGUUAAAAUAGAUAGCUAAUCAAUGUAGGAAAACCUAAAGUAUGGUUUAGAGUGUUUUAUUUUGUAGCUUUUUAAGAAUUCAGAUCAAAUUUACUAAAUAAAACAGAGAUACGGUGUUAACUUAACAAUAAAUCAUUUUAUGCAAGCUAUUGAGCAAAAUAAUGCUUGCUAUUUUGAGUAAAAUAAUCAGGGAAAUAUGAAACAGUUUAUGGCUUCUAUAAUUUACACUUUUAAUUCAAUAUGUUGUGAUAAUUUUGAAUCUAAUUCUAAUUAGCUGGAUAAAGCAAUAUAAUACUACUCUAAACACUAUGAUUAUGUAAUGGAUAAAAAAAUAGACUAUAAACCUAGCUCAAUUAAAUCAUUCUACUCUAGAACUUCGUAUAAUUUCUAAAUCGGUGGAACUGAUAAAUCUUACUCUGAUAUUUAGUCGUAGGUGGAUUAACCAAAAGAAUUUAGUUAAUUCAGUCUUCAUGAAAUCGAAGAAGAUGUUUCAGAUGAUGAAAAAAAAAAUUCACCAAAUAGCCAAGAACUAAAACUGAUAAAACCAAUUCUAACGUUAAAUUCUAGCAAAAGAGGAUCUGUUAAGAUUUAGUAGUAGAAAAACUUACUAAGAAAACCUAGAUUUUCAUAUAAUUUUGAGCAAACAAAAACAAAAUUAUUUUAAUUAGCAACAAGUCCUAAGAACUCUAUUAAAAAUAAAAAUGAUAUCACUAAUCACUUAAAUUUAUUUGCACAAGAAUUAAAGUCAAACUAAAAACCAAAGAUUUAGAAUCAGUUUGUUAUUGAAGAUACUUUUAUAUUUGAUUUCUUUAACUUGCCUGAAAAUCUUAUUUAGUUUUUUAUUGGUUUGCCAUUCCAAAUGUUUUCAUAAAAUGACGCUAUAUAAAAUUUAAUGAAAAACAGAUAUAAUCUAGGGUUAGUUGAUAAGAAACUUAUUGAUAAGGAUGAUUUUUAAUAUGAAGAAAUGCAAACUUAUGAUUAAAAUUCAUUUGUUAGGGUUUCAAGCAAAAAUUAUAAAUAAGUAGAGAAAAGCAUUUACUUGGAUUUGAUCAGUAAAAGCAAUUUAAAAGAGAGAUUAAGAUUAAUUUUAAGUAUGACCUCUAGCACUUUAGUGAUGAGAAUGCUCUAACUAAUGUAUAGUUUUAGUCUUUGUAAGCAAAUGAACAAAGAUGAGAAAUUUUGGAAUAUUUUAGUCAAACAUUAUCACGAUGAAGAUGAAAUAAAAAUAGUUGUAGAUUCAAUUAUAUAAAUUCAAGGAGACUCUGUUAUUGAAAUUUCUUCAUUAUUAGAGACUUAGUAACUAGUUAACUAAAUUAUUCCUUAGCAUUUUAAGAAUAAAUAAAAGAAUACAGUUUAUAUCCACAUAAAGUAGUUCAAUAACCAAUAAGAACUCAUCAAAAUAUUUGAAUUCUUCAUGAUGCUAUUUAGUAGUAGUUAAUACCAUUAAUUAUUUGAUGAUAAAUCAUAAAAAAUUCUUCAGAACUCAUUUUUCUAAAAUUUUUUGACAAUAAGCCUAGCAAAAGAUUCUUUCUAAAGUAAAUAUAUCAACGCUGUUGAUGAGUCCACAGUUUACGAUAAAAUUAAUGAAUAUUCUCCUUACAGUCUAAAUUAUCUUGAUUAAAGUAAAAUAAAAAUGACUAAACAAGCAUAUGAAAUAUACAAUUCACUGUAUAGACAUGAAGUUUUUACAAGCCAAUCUAGCAUCUAUGUUGAAAACUAAUACAAUACUUGCUAAAAUAAGGUUUUUAUACUAUUUACUUAGUUGAAAAUCAUAUUCACUAAAAUUAUAGAAAACUUUAAGAAACAAGACGGGCAAUACAAAGAAAUAAAUGAAGCUAUGAAUAAGCAGGAAAAGUUUUUAGAAAAGCAGUUAGAGGCACGUCUAGAGCAGCAAAAACAAACAAUAGCCUAAAUUACAGAUUCUAAAUAAUAGCUUGAGUAAGCACAAAUAAAAAUUGCAGAAACUAAUUCCAAAAUAUCUUAACUUGCUGAAUAAAAGAUUUUAGUUUUAAAUUUGAUUAAAAAUUUUAAGUAAAGUUUAGAAAUUGAUUUACUCAGGGCUAAACUUUAAAUCUCUGUAUAAAAUAUAAAUUCAAUUAGAGAAGAGAGUAUUUGGUAAGAGAUUUGGUAGCAUUUAGUUAAACAUGAGAAUGAGGACAGCUUUUAUUUUAUUCUUUUCUUGAUAAUUAUUAGCGAUGAUGAUUUUUUUGCUGAUAGAUAUAUAAAAUUCAACCAAGAGGAAAAGCAAAAAAUAAUCUUAGAUAUUUACAUAAAGAAAGUAAAUGUAAAGCAGAUUAAGUAAACUUUAAUAAAAUCUUACAACAUGUUUGUAGAAAACACAAAUUUUAACUUUGAUAAAUCAAUUGAAUUUGAAAAACUCAAGCUUAUCUCUUAAAUACAUUAGUUUAUAUAAAAUCCUACAAAUGAUUAAAGCUAAAGCAAUGACUAAGAAUAUUAUUUUGAACAUGAAGAAAAAUUUUAAUAUAUUAAAUAAUUCAUGUUACAAAUGAUGAUAUUAUCUAAACUGGAGGAAGAUAAAAUUUUGUAAGUAAAAUAGUAAAAUUCCAAAUUAGAAUAGAUUAACUAGAGCAUUCUUAUUCUAAAUGAAGAAUUAAAUAAAAUUAAAGAAUAAAUCAACAAUAUCAAUUUAUUUAUUUAGAGCAAGCAAAAUUUCUUUUAACAAGAAGAGAAGUAGUUAAAUGAUUUUCAAAUAUUUUAGUAAAAAAUAUUAGCAAGAUUCACUGAAAUCAGAUAAAAAGUCCUUAAGUCAAUUAAAAUGAAGUAACUUUUGUUAUCAAUUGAUGAUCAAGUGUUUAACUAAUAAGUGAUGGUUGUUGCAAUGUAUUUGGCUUUUUUCAGUGGCUUAGAAGAGAAGUUCAGGUUUAAAGGACUUGAUUUGCUUAGUUUUCUUGAUGAAAACAUCAUUUUCUUUGCUAAAAGAUUAGUUAUUUAUACAAUCUAAGGCUAGAAGUUUUAUUAUGAUAUGAUUUCUCAACAAAAUUACUCUGUUUCAAAUUCUGUCAUUUACUAAAUUGCAUGGAUUGAGUUUAUUAUUAAGUAUUAGUAAUAAAUGCCUUUUAUCAUUGUUAAAGACUACUCAGGAGUAAUAGAAGAAUAUUUUAUUAAGAAGAAUCGUGAAGCUGAUUCUGCAGAAGACUAAGAACUAAAAAAUAUUAUUCACUUUAUUUAUUUCAAAGAUGAUUUCCAAACUGCAGAGGAAUCUAUUCAAAAAAUAUUUUAAAGAAAUAAAACCUAGAAAAAAGAUGCUUCUCAAAUUCUUAAGAAACAAUAAUCUCAAUAAUAUUCUAACACUUAACUUUAAAAUAUUUUGAUCCUUGUAAAUCCCCAAGACUCUUUUCUAGAAAAAUACAAAAACCUUAUCAACAAAAAAUACUGCGAUGUCUUUAUAGACUCUUUAACUUAAAAUAUUUCCAAUAAUCAAAAUUCAAAUUAAAACUAAAAAUAACAAAAUGAAGCUAUCUUUUGUUUAAUUAUUCUUUACACAGACUAAGUUUAUUUUUAGUCUAAUCUUGUUCAGCAAAUAUCUGAAAAAUGUAUUGUUAUUGACUGUUAAAUUAAAUAAGAAUUUAGUUGGAGAUAUUUGCAAAAAGAUAUUAUAAUAAAUGAAAUAUACUAUUAAGAAAAGCUUAAGCUCAUUAAAAGGGAAUAGAUCUUAGAAAAUUAAAGACAAUCUUAAGAUGCGAAAUAAAUUGAUAAGGUGAAAAGCGCUAUAAUCCAUCUAAGCUAAGAAAACUGUGGACUUUUAAAUAGCUUAAACUUAGAUGAAUAUGUUGUUAAUUUGAAGAGUCUGGUUAAAAAAACAUAGAAAUAAUUGUUUUUUAAAUUGAAGAUUUUGGAUCAAACGUAUUAUCCUCAUGAAAGUUAUGAAAUAAGGGCAAAUUGUGUUGGAUAAACGGUUAAAAGAAAGAUUUAAACAUAAGAAAAUUCAAAGGAUGAUCUUAUCUCAUUAAGAGAUAAUAAUUUUAAGAGCAGUUAGAGUAUAAAGUCUCAUUCUUAAAGAUCUUAGAAAGAUAAUGGUGCUUUUAAAUAAGCUGGCAGCAGCUUGAUGGCAAGAAUUCAUUAAAAAUCUCAACAAAAUAUAAAAAGAGUAGAAGCUAAGCAAAACAAUAAUACAAGCUUUACCGAAUAUGAGAGCCACUCUGAUAUAGAAAUUAAUAAUUAAGGAUACAACUUCAGUUAAUUUUAAACAAGCAAGAAGCAACACAAUGUUUCUGAGCUAAUUAGAUACUGCUAUUUAGUUAAAGAUCUAGAGUAUUUUAGCUAGUAGCUCAAUGAUCUUGUUGGAUUUAUUUAUGUAAUCAAGCAAACUAUUGAUUCCCUUUAAGGAAUUAUUGGAAAUGUUUAUGGAUUUUCAGAUAGCUAUUUUACUCUGAUUAAUAAGCAAGUUUGUUAGAAUCUUAGAAGAAACUAUAUAAGCUUUACAACUGAAAAAAUACAUGAUUUCAAGAAACAGUAUGCUCAUUUCUUUUAUUAAACCAUCAUCUGCUCACUAAGAGAAGAUCAUAGAGAUUUAUUUAAUUUUUAUUUAGGAUUAAAUUAUUUGAAAGCCUCUGAAUAAGUAAAUGAUAUAUUACUUAAAUUACUUUUUGAAGAUGGGGAGACUCAAGACUAAGAUACAAAUUUAGAGUUCUAUGAUAAGAAAAUAAUAAAUAAAUACUAAACAACUGAAAGUAAGUUUAACUCCUAUUUUGGAAUUAAAUGUAAACUUUAAAUACCUAAAUACAUGAACAAUUUAUCUGCUUUUAUAGAAAUUCCUUUCAAUUUACCAACCUUAAAGUAUUGGACAUAUCGUACACCAAGAGAUAAUGAUAAGUUUGAUAUAACUGAGAAAAACUUAAAAUCGUUGAGGAAGUAAAAAUCGGAAGGUGAAUUAUCUAUUGUUUAAGAAAAUGAAGAACAAGCCUAUUUAAAUUAACUUUCUGAAAAGGGGAUUCUAGACAUUCCAAAAAAAUAUCAAACUUCAAAAUAAAUUAAGGUUAAUACAAACAACAUCAAUAAAUCUGCUAAAAAUGCUAAAAGUUUAAUAUAAAUUUAAGAAGGUAACACACCAGUAAUUGCUUAGCCUAAGUUGCAUAAGAUAAAAGACGAUUUAAUAAAAAUAUAAUAUCCGAGCCAAAAAAGUAUAUUUUCAAAAGUAAUAGACUAAAGUAAGGAGCACAAAGAAGAAGAAUAAGAAGAAGAAGAAAAAGAGUUAAAUCAAUCUUCUUCAUUAUCAUCAUCAACACCAUAUUCUUCUUCUUCUUAAAAUUCAUAAAAGGUGAAAAAGUAAUAAAAAUUAUCUGGUGAAGAUUAGGACUCAUUUUCUUCUUAGUCAUCUCUUUCAUCAUCUCUAUCAUUAGAGGAUUCUAAUUCUCCCUCAUCUGCUUCUUCUAUUUCAUCUAAGGAAUCAUCUUCUUAAGUCUCUUCUGGUAAAUCUUCACCUAGUUCAUAAAAAUCCUCUAGCUAAAAUCUAGUUGAAGACUCUUAUGAAGAAAUGUCAUAAGAGGAUAGUAAAAAAAAUAAUAAAAACAAAAAAGAAAAAGGCCAUUCUCACAAUAAAAUUAAAUAAAAACUUGUUGGAAAUAAAACAAAGUUAUCAAUAUUUUGUAUGAAUUCAAGUUAACACAUACCAUAUAACUAAGAUGAUAGCAGAUAUGAUAUUUAAAACACAGAAUUUAAGCUUAUAGAAUCGAUUAAGAAGCAGUAGCAAAAAGAUAAUGAAAAUAAUACAAACAUUUCAAUAGAAGAUGAUUUAAAAGAAAAGCAAGAUGAUUUAAAUCAAUUAAGUAAAAAGAAAUAAAAAGAUUAUCUAAAUGAGAUGUUCAAAGUUAAAAAGAAAAUAAGAUUAGUUAUCUAAGUAAAAACCGUGGAUGACGAAGUUAACUCAGCAUCUUUACUUAAGGAACAAAAUAAAUCAAAUAUUUCAAUAGAUUAGCAAGUCAAGCAUAAAAAGAAUAGAAACUCUAAAAAUCUAAUGAUUGAAUAGCUCAUUAAAUUUUACAAAGAUUCCUCCGUACAAUUUGAUACACCACUUAUUUCUCUUUAGAUCUAGAAAUAAGAUAUAGGUUAAAAGGAAUCAAGUGAGAAAGAAGAAAUAACUUGUACAAGCAGAUAGUAUAAAUUUUUCUAGAAUUUUAUAAUGAUGAUUAUCAACUAAGGGUUAUCUACAUACAAAGAUAUCAUUCGAAUGGGAAAUUUUAAUUAGUAAGGCUAAUAAAAAAUGAAUAAUAUAGAAAUAAAGAGACUAAAAUAUUCUUAAGAGUACUAGAGGAUAUAAGAGAGGCUUAAGCAAUAGCAAAAUAUCAAGGUUGAUAAUAAAUAAAAUAAAUUCUAUAGUUUACUUGAGGAUGCUGUAAACAAGAAAAUCCUCAGUGAAAUUUAAACAUUUUAAAACCAACAUCUCAUAGAAUCUGUAGCAAUAAGAGGAAAGUUAAAGCUUACUCAAGCUAUAAUAAAAAGUCAAAUGAACUAAAAAGAGAAAAUAAGAUUUUAGCAAUAAAUAAGAUUAAUAAGUCAAGAAUAAGAGACUUAAGAAAUUCCAUAAUAACUUUAAAGGCAACAACAAAAAUGGUAACAAGAUUUGUAAAGAAACAGCUCAAGUUAAGAAGAAAUUUAAAUAAAUUAAUAAAAUGAAAAUCAAAAAAUUUAAUUUGACACACUUUUCCUUCCAUAAAGAGUAAUUAGGAAUUUCUAUCAUUACUUAGCUAUUUUAGAUAAAAGCAAUAGUUUUUUGCCUUUUUAGAAAGCUCUCUCUAUUUCUAUAAGUGAAUAAGCUCUUCUAAAACAGUUUAUUUACAACACCAAUUUUAAUUAUGCUCAUCGUUAAAAUGUGUUUAAGAUUCCGCCAUUCUUAAGUUAACUUAAUAUAAAUCCUGUUGAAGCUUGUUUGAUUGUAAAAAGUAUGAAGCCAUAAGAUCUUAUUUUCUAUUUAUAAAACCUUUUCGCAUAAUCCUUUUCAUCGAAUUUCUCCAAGAUCAGUACCUAAAAUCUUGAAACACUUUGCAGAAGUAACUCAUUUGAAAGGCCAAUAAUACUAUUUACUGAAGAUUUGAAUAGCAGUAUUUCUAAGUUGAUCGAAAUUAAAAUGCUUAAACAUUCUUAAUAGUAACCAAGCUAAAAUAAUAACUUAAAGCUCUAUAAAAUAACUUUAGAUGGAUUAAAUUUUCAAAAUCUUUAUGAUAAAAUUCUUGAUCUUGUAGUUUAGGGUUGUUGGAUUAUUAUAGAAGGCAUUUAAUACGUAUCCUAAUCGAUAUAAGCUGAAUCUGUAAAUGCUAUAUGCAAAAUCUAUGCAAAUAAAAAAUUUCCCAUCGAUUUUAAGAUAUUUAUCAUUUAUAAAUGCUAGUAAGACAACAAAUAUUUGGAACAUAGUGACUCUCUUUCACCGUUAAAAUAUCUCUUCAACCUAAGCCAUAAAACUUAUAUUGCUACUCCCUCAGCCAUCAAGCAGAAUCUCUCAAACUUCUACUACUGCGAAAUAAAUCAACAUAUGAUGAAUGUAGAGAAAAUUCUAAUUGAAAGCUAAGAGUUACCUUAAUAAUAUCAAAACAAUAUUGAGAAAAAAACAUCCUAGAUUCAUCAUUAGAUUUAUUUAAGGAGGCAUCAAACAAAAGUGGAAAAUCCAAUAAUAUUUAAAAACAUAGAAGGCUUGGAUAAUAUUUAUGAAAAGAAUAAAAAAAUAUAAUGUGAUUUACAAUAAAAAAGUUUCUUAAACCUGCAUUCUUUUGUGGUACCAGAAACAAAGAACGAGAAAAUAAUUAAUAUGAUUAUACACGGUGAAGAAAGAAACAAAUUCAAUAGCUUAUUUGUCUUUAGCAUAAUUCGUCAACGAGAGUAACUUAUUCAGAAAAACAAUCCAAAUUUUAUCAAUUUGAAUUUCCAGUAUUCUUCAGACAAUGAUUUUUAUCAAAUGAUUACUGAUUUGCUUAAUUUUAUUGGCUAUCACAAACCAAGUCCUUUUAGAUUUAUGAUUGACUACUUUUCCUUUAUCUUUAAGGAAAGAGAGCCUUUUAAUACUCAAGCACCUUAUGAAUAAAUUAUAAAGUUGCUAUUUUAAGAUUUUGUAUGUUACAAAUUAGAUAAACAAAGAGUAAUUCAAUUAAAUAACUAAAGUUAUCCAUUACUUAAAUACACUCCUGAAAUAUAUACUUUUACCAUGUCAUACUAAAAGAAAGAUGUUUAAAGCUUUUCUUCUUAAAAGAUAUUCCUAAAUAUAUUAAAUCUCCCAUCAUAAGACCCAGUAGAAAUUUUAGGUCUUAGCCAAAAUUUACAAUUUAAUCAAUAGCUUGUACAAAGUUAACAAAUGCUAAACAGCAUAAAUAACCACACUGAAUCUCUAGAAAAGGAAAGAGAAAAUAAGAAACAUGCUAUGAAAAGUAUUGAAAAACAUUUCUCUAGCAAGUAAAACCAAAAAAAUAAACACACUCCUGAAGAAACAAUUAUUGAUAAUGCACUUCUAAUUAACAUUAUCAAUUUCAAUCAAAAAGCAAAAGAGCAUGAAGAAUUAAUCAACCUAUUAUAAAGCAUAGAUUAGUUAUUUGAAUAAGGAGAAAUUUCAUUAAAGUUACUGAAAUUAGAGAGCUCUAUGACUGGCUUAAGCUCUCCUGAUGAUGGAGAAUCCAUAAAACAUGAAAAUAAUAUGGAUGAUAAUCUAAGUAGGGCAUAAAGAAAAAGCAUAUUUUAAACAAAAAGAUCUUCCCUACGUUAAAGCUACAUGAAUUCAUCUGAACAAUUUAUUAACAAUACUUUAAAUUCUUAAAGCAACAGUAGAAGACCAUCAUUCAAAUAAAAAAGAUUUGGAGUUUCUAUUUUAAAUCAUAUUGUACAAGGUAAGAGAAAUAGUGAUGUGUCUAUCUAUAACAAUUAAAUGGAAUAACAGGAAGACUAAAUUCAAGAGAAGGAAAAAUUAAUUUAAACAACUGAAGAGUUAAAAUUAAAAAUGAAACUUAGUCCUUUAAUGAGUCUAACAGAAUUAAAAUUAAUUAAAAAAAGCUCGUCAGGUAGAAGUUCGAUUCUAGCUUCUCCAGAAAUAGUGAGAACACCAAAUGCCCAACAAUAUAUAUAGAUUUAGAACUAAAUUAACAAUUUUUCUCCAACUAAUAAAUUAGAUUAAAUGAUCCACUAAUAGACUUAGUUAGUUCCCAAUCCUUAAGCACUAAAAAUUAAGAAUUAAUUUAAUAAAACCUGUUUAUACGAUAGAAUCAAAGACUAUCUUCCUGUAAAGAAAAAACAAUAAUAAAUGAAUGCAUAAAAAGAUGUUUUGAAAACAUUUUCAUAAAUGCACAAGAACCUUAAAGAAAAGCCAAGGCACAGUCAUAAUAUUGAAUACUCUAAAAUUCAUAAUUAUAAGCUUAGAAAUAUUUUACUAAAUAACGAUUUCACAAAUUUAGUCUUGAUGAACGAAGUUUUCACCUGCAAUAGAAUUGUAAAUUGCAUAAGAAAUGAUAUUAAAAACAUGAUUGGGUAUCUCUAAUAAAAUUAAUACAACUAAUCCAAUGAAAGAAUUUCUUCCUUGAUUUCAUAGAUAAAGAAAAAUGCCGUGCCAAGGUAAUGGGAAUUCUUCUCCCUUUUGCCAACUCAAAGCAACUUAAUUGAUUUUUUGAAGCAGAUUUUGAUAAAGUACGAACAUAUUUAUGAAAUUGUUGUUUGGAGAAAUUGUGAAUUAUUCCCUUCGCUGAGCUUGUUUAAAAUGUUUGAUCCUUUUUGUUUAAUUUAUUCCUUGCUUUAUGAUGAAUCAAAAAAAUUAAAUGUACCUAUACAUAUGCUUAAAAUAUAACUUUGCAAACUAAAGAGACCACCAGUAAGGCAGAAUCCUGAAGAAGGUAUUUGUAUAAGAGGAAUAAUGCUUAAAGCAGCUUCUCUUAAUCCAAUAAAUGAUUAUUUACAGCCUGAGAGCCUUUAUGAAUUUGAGUAAGAACUUACUUAUUCUAUCAUUAAGGUGGUUUUGAGGACUGAUACUAAAUAUGAUGAUGAGAUAUAUAUUCCUAUUGAAUUUAUGGAUUAAGUUCAUCACGAUUUAGAAAAUAGAUACAUAGAAUAAUAAUAGGAAUUUUCAAAUAAUUACAAAUAAUAUGAAAAGGAGUUUUUAAAUGAUUCCCUAUUGCCUAAAAAAUAGAAGAAUUAAGGUUAAAAUGUUAUUGGAAGAGGUGGUGGAGGUGGUAAUUAGAAGGAAGGGUUUGGUAUAUAAUCACCAACAAGAAGAUUCUAAACUAAUUACAAGAUUUAAAAUGUUACAGUCCAAGAAAUUCAGUUAAAUCAAUAGAAUAAUUAAGUAGAAGAAGAAGAUGAGGAAAAUAUAGAUGAAACAGAAAAUAAUAUCAUUCAUUUUAUACGUCUACCAGUAAUUAGCAACAACAUCUAGAAAACCUUAAAAUAUUCUCACCUGAAGAUUUAUUUCUUCUUCAAAAGCACACUUCCUCAGGUUUACUGGUCUUAAAGAGGGACACAGAUUUGUUUUCAUAAGGCUUAAUAAAUUUGA